GAAGGGCAUAGUACUGAGGCUGCAGCCCAUGCACUCCUGAGACUGACUUUGAGUUUUGCCUGUGCUCCUUGUUCAUCUGGUCUGGUGAGGCUACCUGCAAUAUAUACAACAACCCAGAUCUGCAAGAGGCGCGCCGAAGCUUUUAAUCACUUUCCUGUUCAGUCAUCAGAACUCAUUGUGUGCCCGUCAGCCAACAUUGUGCCAGGAGUUAGAAGACAGGAGUUAGAAGCAUGCUGGGUCAGGUUUUGUCGUUCGGCCGCUCCCUGGUGCGCAGGAAAGUGGUUGACAUGAGCAGCCUGGAGGACUCCAAGCUGUGUCGCUGCCUGAGCACCAUGGACCUUAUCGCCCUGGGAGUUGGCAGCACCCUGGGGGCAGGGGUCUACGUCCUAGCCGGAGAAGUGGCCAAGGGCAACUCGGGCCCGAGCAUCGUCAUCUCCUUCCUCAUCGCGGCGCUGGCCUCCGUCAUGGCCGGCCUUUGCUACGCCGAGUUCGGCGCCCGUGUUCCCAAGACCGGUUCUGCCUACCUUUACAGUUACGUCACUGUGGGGGAGAUCUGGGCCUUCAUAACUGGAUGGAACCUCAUCCUCUCCUAUGUGAUUGGCACAUCCUCGGUAGCCAGGGCGUGGAGCGGUACCUUUGAUGAGCUGAUAGGAGGACACAUAGAAAGGUUCUGUAAGACCUACUUCAGCAUGAACUCCCCUGGUUUGGCCCAGUAUCCUGACUUCUUCGCCGUCUGCCUUAUUCUACUGCUCUCUGGACUCCUGUCGUUCGGCGUGAAGGAGUCAGCCUGGGUGAAUAAAGUCUUCACCUCCAUCAACGUGCUGGUGCUCAUGUUCGUCAUCAUCUCUGGCUUCGUCAAAGGAGACCCGCUCAACUGGAAGAUACCAGAGGAAUCUCUCAUCAACGUCACCAUAGUAACGAGGAACCUUUCCGUGACAGCUAAUGUGAGCAGCGAUUAUGGCGUCGGCGGCUUCAUGCCCUACGGUUUCAGCGGGACUCUCGCCGGAGCGGCCACCUGCUUCUACGCCUUUGUUGGAUUCGACUGUAUCGCAACAACAGGUGAGGAGGUAAAGAACCCACAGAAGGCCAUUCCCAUUGGCAUCGUGGUGUCGCUGACGGUGUGUUUCCUGGCUUACUUUGGUGUGUCUGCUGCCCUCACCCUGAUGAUGCCCUAUUACCUUCUGGACGAGAAGAGCCCGCUCCCCAUGGCCUUCGAGUACGUGGGCUGGUCCCCUGCUAAAUAUGUAGUGGCAGUGGGUUCGUUGUGUGCCCUCUCAACCAGCCUGUUGGGCUCCAUGUUCCCUCUGCCCCGCAUUCUCUUUGCCAUGGCACGAGAUGGUAUUCUGUUCAAAUUUAUGUCCACAGUGAGUAAGCGCCAGUCACCUGUGGCUGCCACCAUGGCGGCAGGCACCACAGCGGCCAUCAUGGCUUUCCUGUUUGACCUGAAGGCCCUGGUUGAUAUGAUGUCCAUCGGGACUCUGCUGGCCUAUUCUCUCGUCGCUGUCUGCGUUCUCAUUCUGAGGUACCAGCCAGAUGGAUCCCUUGAGAAGCGAACUUGUAAUGGUGAGAGAGAGCACCUUUCAUCUGAGGAGGGGGAGUCCGACCUAACAGAGUCCGAGUCGCACCUCAACAUGCUGAAAGGAGGAGGUUCCACUCUGCAGUCUGUCCUCCAUCCUCCCCUUACACCCUCGGAGCAUUCCUCCACUGUGGUCACCAUGUCAGUUGGUGUGCUAGUGUUGUUGGUGUGUGUGAUCAGCUACUUUACAACAUACCAUGGUCAUUCCAUCAUUGGUAUGGAGCCAGGGAUACUGGCUGUACUGUCCUUGUCCUUCCUCAUCUUCAUCGGCUGCAUCCUCAUGAUCUGCAGGCAACCGCAAACAAGCAAGAAGGUCUCCUUCAUGGUUCCUCUGCUGCCAUUUCUGCCCAUCCUGAGUGUUUUUGUCAAUAUUUACCUCAUGGUGCAGCUGAGCGGCGAUACCUGGAUACGUUUCUCUCUGUGGAUGGCUGUGGGCUUCCUGAUCUACUUUGGCUAUGGCUUGUGGCACAGUGUGGAGCGCCAGCGCCAACUUCAGGGCCCUAACAGCAGCAGCGGUGGCGGCAGCGCCAGCCAGGAAAAAAGCCAGAAUAACAGAGAGAAGGGUAGCAUGGACGCAAGAUCUGGGGACCAGGAGAGAUUCAUUUGUCCGGAAAAGACCAGUCAGUGUUAAAGACCUCACUUGAUCGACCAGGUCAACUGUAGACACUUUAAGGCCACCUGAAGAUGCAGUGGCCAA